AGGCCGGCAGCCUCGGGGCGCCAAUAUGUAAAGCAGCUGGCGGCGCUGGGCGGGGCCUGGGCGCGAUGCAAAUGAAGGAGGCGGGCCCUGCCCGGGGCUCCGCCUCCCUCCCCCGCAGCUGGGGCCAGCGGUGCCAAGCGCAGCUGGACGAGCGGCGGCAGCUGGGCGAGUGACAGCCCCAGCUCCGCGCGCCGCGGCGGCCAGAGCCGGCGCAGGGGAAGCGCCUGCGGCCCCGGGCGGCAGCGGCGGCCGCCUCCUCGCGCGCUUCCCGGGCCCGCACCCCGCGGUCCCGCGGCCCCGGGGCCGACACCUUUCGGCUCCCGCUCCCCGCGCGCAAGAUGGCUGACCCGGCUGCGGGGCCGCCGCCGAGCGAGGGCGAGGAGAGCACCGUGCGCUUCGCCCGCAAAGGCGCCCUCCGGCAGAAGAACGUGCACGAGGUGAAGAACCACAAAUUCACCGCCCGCUUCUUCAAGCAGCCCACCUUCUGCAGCCACUGCACCGACUUCAUCUGGGGCUUCGGGAAGCAGGGAUUCCAGUGCCAAGUCUGCUGUUUCGUCGUGCACAAGCGGUGCCAUGAAUUCGUCACCUUCUCCUGCCCAGGUGCCGACAAAGGCCCAGCCUCUGAUGACCCCCGGAGCAAACACAAGUUUAAGAUCCACACGUACUCCAGCCCCACGUUUUGUGACCACUGUGGGUCACUGCUGUACGGACUCAUCCACCAGGGGAUGAAAUGUGACACCUGCAUGAUGAACGUGCACAAACGCUGCGUGAUGAACGUCCCCAGCCUGUGCGGCACAGACCACACGGAGCGCCGCGGCCGCAUCUACAUCCAGGCCCACAUCGAGAGGGAAGUCCUCAUCGUCGUCGUAAGAGAUGCUAAAAACCUUGUACCCAUGGACCCCAAUGGCUUGUCAGACCCUUACGUGAAACUGAAACUGAUUCCCGACCCCAAGAGCGAGAGCAAGCAGAAGACCAAAACCAUCAAAUGCUCCCUCAACCCCGAGUGGAACGAGACAUUCAGAUUCCAACUGAAAGAAUCGGACAAAGACAGAAGACUGUCCGUAGAGAUUUGGGACUGGGAUCUGACCAGCAGGAAUGACUUCAUGGGAUCUUUGUCUUUUGGAAUUUCUGAACUGCAGAAAGCUGGUGUUGACGGCUGGUUCAAGUUGCUGAGCCAGGAGGAAGGCGAGUACUUCAACGUGCCUGUGCCGCCCGAAGGAAGCGAGGGCAAUGAAGAGCUGAGGCAGAAAUUCGAGAGAGCCAAGAUCAGUCAGGGGACCAAGGCUCCGGAAGAAAAGACGACCAACACCAUAUCCAAACUUGACAACAACGGGAACAGAGACCGAAUGAAACUGACUGAUUUUAACUUCCUGAUGGUGCUCGGGAAAGGAAGCUUUGGCAAGGUCAUGCUCUCCGAGCGGAAAGGCACGGACGAGCUCUACGCCGUGAAGAUCCUGAAGAAGGACGUGGUGAUCCAGGACGACGACGUGGAGUGCACGAUGGUGGAGAAGCGGGUGCUGGCCCUGCCCGGGAAGCCGCCCUUCCUGACCCAGCUGCAUUCCUGCUUCCAGACCAUGGACCGCCUGUACUUCGUGAUGGAGUAUGUGAACGGGGGUGACCUCAUGUACCACAUCCAGCAAGUUGGCCGGUUUAAGGAGCCUCAUGCUGUAUUUUACGCGGCAGAGAUUGCCAUCGGUCUGUUCUUCUUGCAGAGCAAGGGCAUCAUUUACCGUGACCUCAAACUUGACAAUGUGAUGCUGGAUUCAGAGGGCCACAUCAAGAUUGCUGAUUUUGGCAUGUGUAAGGAAAACAUCUGGGAUGGGGUGACCACCAAGACAUUCUGUGGAACUCCAGACUACAUUGCCCCUGAGAUCAUUGCCUACCAGCCCUACGGGAAGUCUGUGGAUUGGUGGGCCUUCGGAGUCCUACUGUAUGAAAUGUUGGCUGGGCAGGCGCCCUUCGAAGGCGAGGAUGAAGAUGAGCUCUUCCAGUCCAUCAUGGAACACAACGUGGCUUACCCCAAGUCCAUGUCCAAGGAAGCUGUGGCCAUCUGCAAAGGGCUGAUGACCAAACACCCGGGCAAGCGCCUGGGGUGCGGACCCGAGGGUGAACGCGACAUCAAGGAGCACGCGUUUUUCCGGUAUAUUGAUUGGGAGAAACUGGAGCGCAAGGAGAUCCAGCCCCCGUACAAGCCGAAAGCCUGUGGGCGGAAUGCUGAAAACUUCGACCGGUUUUUCACCCGUCAUCCACCAGUCCUAACACCUCCCGACCAGGAAGUCAUCAGGAAUAUUGACCAGUCAGAAUUCGAAGGAUUUUCCUUUGUUAACUCUGAAUUUUUAAAACCUGAAGUCAAGAGCUAAGUAGAUGUGUAGACCUCCGUCCUUCAUUUCUGUCAUUCGAGCUCGACGGCUGUUGUGGUGACCUCUUUUCUUUCCAUUGCCACGUCGCAUCCAUGUUUUACUUGCUGAUGAGACUAGAGUGACCAUGUUUCAGAAACCAAAUGUCCUCAGGUAGUUUGGAGCAUCUCUGUGAGAUGCGGUGAUGCGGAUGGCUCGUCGAAAAUGCUGCAUUAAUUAGCGCAUUAGCAAAUGACCUCUUCCUAUGGACUCUCCCCAGCAUGGCCUUGCGGCAGAGGUCCCGUGGGGACGGAAAAAUGCCUACUUUCUCUCCCUUUCUCCCAGCGCUCGCGUUUCACAUGUUUCCCAACUCCAGGCAUCCAGUCUGGAUUGUUCUUACCAAAUGAGUGGUUCACCGGAUGCUAGCAGCGUUCUCUCCCUCCUGGACCCGGAGCUUGGCUUGCAUCCAAGGGUAUGGUUGCUUUGAUGUAGAGGGGAUUCCUCCAUUCUGCCCGGUUUGGAGGCACCAUGAGCUGUGCAGAGCCCAGGCCAAAAAUAAAAUCGUAUUUGUUAUUUUUUUAGACUCAAAGUUAAGGAGAUGAUCUCAACGCUUUUAAAAUGCCAAGAGGGUGCUUGGAGACCAUCUCAAUCUAAAAGGACCUCAAGGGGUCAGUCAAAAGGCAACCGGCUUGGGCCCCCCCCCUCCAUUCUGUAAUGUCUGAUACUCUCUGUCCCUGAUCAUGAUCACCUUCAUCCUCAAACUCCUGGAAAAGGGCAUUUGGCAUCACCCCCCUGAAAAGACAUGGUCACUCUAGCCAGGUCCCAGAGGACCAUGGUUUUACAUUACAUUUCAAAUUUUAUUUGCUUUGGGGUUUUAUUUCUGUUAUUGUUCAAACGCAAAAAGAAAAAAAAAAAAACUCACUUUGUUACACAUGCUUUGAAAUCUGUGUCCAAAUGUUAUUGACCACAAUGACCUGUUUGAUUUGUCAAGAAGGCGGCUCUGGACCUAGCGGACCCCCAUGCCCGCACGGAUGGGAUUUGUCUAGGUUUGUUGCUGGCUUUGGAAAGCUAAUUAAGCGCUCUGAGAAAGAUACCAUUUCUUGAAACAUAGACAGUUGUACUCUUCACUUUGAUGAUGUUUUGCAAGAUGUUUGUGGAAAUGUCCAUUUGUAUCUGGAUACCUGUUAUGUGCCAUUUUUUUUCUAGCAUCGAGAUCCAAUAAAAAAAAAAAAGAAAAGAAAGAAGAAAUGCUAUUUCAAGAAAACAAAACAAAAUAAAACAAAACACGGCUCUCUUUGAAAAAUGUGGACCCAAACUGCCAAGCGGGGCUCCUGAGUCUACGAGACAGAAAGGAACUAAACCCAGAGCUUAACCUCAGCCCCUGGUUCUGCCAGUCUGAGAGGCUUGGGGCCGUUCAGGGACUCCAGGCAGCCUGUAAUAGGAUGGGGUGAGCUGGCCGGGGCUUCCAACGAUAUCAGAGGUCAAAGCCAGAGUCAAGUUUGGGAGCCAGCUAGGAGCCUGGCUGGGGCUCUUGAUAUUCUUAUCAAAAUCACCACUCCUCCCAGCUUGGACUCAGUAUUCUUACUUGCAAGCAGCUUUGUGAGCCCCCAGAAGCCAAGGAAACCCCUUGGGCAGGAGAAAUCCCCUUUGCCUGCUGCCUCCUUCUAUUCCUAGGCAACCUUCCAGAGAAUUCUUAUCACAAGUCGAGUGAUUUCCAGAAGCACCAGAGCUUCUAAGAGACCACCGGGAGAACUUUACCAGCUUGACAAAUGUCCUUGAAGGAGUGCUUCUCAUCUUUAAGAAGCCUGUGAUUGGGAUCUCCACAUAGGCAGAGGCCCCUGGCUCACUCCUGUUGGCCCUCGGCUUCUCCAUCAUGGUAGCAGUGGAGACCCCCAUAUGGGGCAAACCCCAAGUCCCAGCUGGCAAGCUCAGGAAGUUAGAGAAGGAGGGAAAUCAGGGCAGAGGCCUCCUUCCCCCGGUUUAUUGCUGGGGACACCGGCAUCUGGAAAGAGGCAGUGACUUGCCCAAGGUCAGCCAGCUGGGGCGCAAACCCGUUACCUGACUCAGGGCAGGACUGUUUCUGCUCUAGAGCUGGCAUCUCUGAGCCAUGCCCACCAGUAAGCGAAUUAUUUGAGGUCCUUCGUCUGGCUGUUGGGUCACCAGGUCUCCUCUUGGACCUGUUCUCAGGAAGAUAAAAAGCAUGGAGAAGCAUUGGGCCAUUGACAGAUUCUUUCAGACAACAUUAGAGAACACUGUAAGAUAGGUAGCUAGCUAGCUAGUUAGACAUAGAUAAAUAGAUAGGAAGAAUAUAUUGUAUAUACACACCGCAUAUUUGCCAAAUUUCUGUCAUUAUUUUUUCAGAAGUUGAAUCAUUUGCAGAAGAGGUACUCAAGCCAAAGUCUCUAUUUCCUUAACACACCUUGCUGAGAGUUGGCCAGUGAAGGCUUGUGUGCAAAGGAGGGACCCUUGGCCAGAGUUCCCCCACCGUUUCCUUUUCCAUCACCAUUUUAAAUCCAAAGGAGACCAAGAAACCGAGCUCUGAGAAUAGAUCAUCUCCGGGCCAUACUUUCCAAGUUUAUCCAGGAAGAAGGAUUUUCCACUUCUCUGUGCAGUCAUGCCCAGAUUCCACCUCCCGUUUGUUCAUCCAGGAAGCAUUCAUUCAGCACCGACUUUGUGCCAGGCUCUCUGUUGGGCUCCAGAGCUCAGUGGGGAACCCCAACGAUGCAAUCUGGGGCAGCAGCCAUUAACUAAGUAAUUAAAAGCAUGAUGUGACCUGGAGAUAAGCAGUCUCUGAGUUAGUCAGGGGAGGCUUCUUAGAAGAAAAAAAAAAAGUCCUCAGAGGUCUUCAUGGUGCCUCUUUUUCUCUGUAGACCCCACAAGACCACAGUUUGAGACUGAAGGAGGAGAUGUAGCAGUGCCCCCUUGACCCAGAUUUCUGGGACAAUCCUAGAGUGUAAGGGGUGGGGUAGGACAGGAGUUAGGUGGUAGGUGGGGUGGGUUUCCUUCUAGAAGGCCAAAGGCACAGUCUCCAUGCUCGGACAGAUCAUAGAAUCACCAAGAUUCGAGCAGAGACGGAUAGUCAGAGAGAGAGAGGGAAUUGGUUUUGCAGCUCAGUUCUGAGUCCUGCAUUUUUCUUAGAGUUUUCUCACCUGGAUUCCUGCAGGCAUUACCCUUUCCAGCCCUCAGGGAGAAGCUGUUCUGCCGGCACACUGCCCACAGCUUGACACAGCCUGGUUCUUCCAGAGGAGACAAGCUGAGAUUUUCCGAAAGAACUUAAAUUAGGGAAGGAAUUUAAAUAAAGAAAUUAAAUAAAGGAAUCCAAAGAAACCUAAGCACCGUCCACGUUAGCCAUGGCUCAUUGUCUGCCCGGAUCCGCUUGGUAUUUCUCAGACUUAUCACUAACCUGUUCCUCUUCUACGAAAGGGUGGGGCCAUGGUCCUAAUGACCUUGGGGAAUCAAGAGGAGGCCAGCGGAAUUAAUAACCCUCCUUGGUUGAGUGAUACUCUGCUCAUGUGGCUUCAGAUACUAGCCACCCCAAAAAAGAAUGGUCCCAACAGAGAGGCCUAUCCUCUCCCCCCUUCUAGAGGUACAAUUCAGGGGUAUUUCCUAAGGGGAGCUGCCGGAUGAAAUCCAGAAUGGCAGGUUUUAUUUGGACCGUGUGACUGUUUGAGGCACAAUGGAUAGGGAAGAGCUGUGAGAGCUAGGGCUGGUGGUAGGGGAACCUCCACAGAUGCCCAAAGGCAGGGAAGGCCAGACGAGGUCAAUGUUCCCAGGGGGAGAUCGGAAAGGAGGCAACUGCCUGCCUUCUAGCCCCAAAUCUGCCUGGGGCUCACACACAGCCUCACAGCUCUCAGACCUUGAAGGGGCCUAACAUUUCCGUCCCUACUGGGGCUCAAAGUAGACAGAAGCCGAUGUGAGAGAGCCAGAGAGUAAACAGGAACAAUUUCACUGCUUUGCUAGAGAGUGGUGGGGUCUCCAGCCCCAGGACAAGUGUAUGUUGGAAGAAAAAGCAAGAGGCUAUGAGGCUCAUCCUUAGUCGAUCUCUAUUCAUUGAGUCAUUCAGCAAAUAGUCACGGACAGCCCGCUGUGUGCCAAGCAUUAUUCCAGGCCCAGGAAAUACAAUAGUGAAGAAACAGGUACAGACCCUCCCUGCCUGGAGAGAGGCAAUAAAUAAGACAAUGUCUGAUAGUACGUAGGCGCCACGAAGACACUGAAAAGGAUGCUAACGUAUGACUUGUAGGGUCCAGGGAGGGAUGCACGGGCAAUAUUAAAGGAAGGGGUGAUGUUUGAGCUUUUCUCUGAGUACAGGAGACAACGCAGCCUGUGCCUGGGACAGCACAGGACAGGCUGACAGUGGGCAGAAGAUAAAGCAGAAUGAGCGGGCAUGAGAGGGCCCACCACCUAGAAAACAGCUCCAUCUGCAUCUUGAGCCCACUGCAGUCUGGCAACACUAAUCCCCACCCCCACCCCCGCCCCGGACUCCCACACCCCAGCACAUGCAACACAA